CAUCUCAGCUCAGCACAAAAAUUCACUUGCCUCUCUCUCUCUCUCUCUCUCUCUCUCUCUGUCUUAGAGAGAGAAACCUAGUAGACCCAAUUCACGCAUAUAUAGGUACGCAUAUAUAGUUACAGAUAUAUUUGGCAUGUAUCCUGAUUAUCCAAAAUUCCAGCUAGCUCAUCAACUGGCGUCAGUUUGUUUCACUUUCUGUCACUGUCUGGUUGUUGCUCAAUUGGGUAUUUUGUUGAGUCUGAUUUAGUUUUGGAGGCACACAGUUGAUUCACUAGGGAUCUGUGAGGUUCUGGGGGUGUUGCACAGUGAGGGCAAAAUGCAGACCAGGUACAUGGAGAGGACGAACUCGAUGAGAGGGAAGCGGAGUUUGGAUGGCGGCGGCGGCGACGACGAUGAUGAGCAGCCGGAGCGAAAGCGGCCUGCUUUAGCUAGUGUAAUUGUGGAGGCUUUGAAGGUGGAUAGUUUACAGAAGCUUUGCUCGUCAUUGGAACCUAUUCUUCGAAGAGUUGUUAGUGAGGAAGUGGAACGCGCUUUGGCAAAGUUGGGACCUGCUCGAAUUAAUGGAAGGUCUUCUCCUAGAAGAAUUGAGGGACCGGACGGACGAAACUUGCAGCUGCAAUUUAGGUCCAGGUUGUCUCUCCCCCUAUUCACAGGAGGAAAAGUAGAGGGGGAACAGGGUGCUGCAAUCCAUAUUGUGUUAGUUGAUGUGAAUACAGGGCAUGUUGUAAUAUCUGGAAAUGAAUCCUCUGUGAAGCUCGAUGUGGUUGUGCUCGAAGGUGAUUUCAACAAUGAAGAUGAUGAAGGCUGGAUCCAAGAAGAAUUUGAGAGCCAUGUUGUGAAAGAGCGUGAAGGAAAGAGACCACUCUUAACUGGUGACCUCCAAGUAACGCUCAAAGAAGGGGUGGGAACGCUGGGAGAGCUUACUUUUACUGAUAACUCAAGUUGGAUAAGGAGCAGGAAGUUCAGGCUUGGCCUUAAGGUUGCCACAGGCUUUUGUGAGGGCAUGCGUAUACGCGAGGCCAAGACAGAAGCUUUCACUGUUAAGGAUCACAGAGGGGAAUUAUACAAGAAGCACUACCCGCCUACAUUUAAUGAUGAAGUGUGGAGAUUGGAAAAGAUAGGCAAGGAUGGGUCAUUCCACAAGAGGCUGAAUAAAGCAGGUAUUUUCUCGGUUGAAGACUUCCUCCGACUUGUUGUCAGAGACUCCCAAAAGCUACGAAAUAUUCUUGGCAGUGGUAUGUCAAAUAAGAUGUGGGAUGCUCUUAUUGAACAUGCAAAGACUUGCGUCUUGGGUGGGAAGCUGUAUGUCUAUUAUCCUGAUGACUCGAGAUAUGCUGGUGUUGUUUUUAACAAUAUUUACGAGCUUAGUGGCCUUAUAUCUGGUGAACAGUUUUUCUCGGCUGACUCCCUUUCUGACACACAGAAGGUAGAUGUUGAUACUCUGGUGAAGAAAGCAUAUGAUAACUGGAACCAAGUUGUCGAGUAUGAUGGCAAGUCCCUUUUGAGUGUCAAACAAAAUAAGAGGUCAUCUCGGAACGAACUUCCGAUGGGCCCAGUUGAUUAUCCUAAUGCUUUGGAUAACCAGCUUACUCAACCACGUUUACCUGGUUCAAUUCCUUCGGAGCAGACUCUGAUGGAUUCAAGUCUUCUAAUUGGAGCUUCAGGUUACAAUGACAAUCUGGCUACUAGAUACCCCUCACAGUUUCUCAAUUCCAAUUCCCGUAGCCAGUUUGACAGUAGUCUCUUCCCACUGCAUGAUCAGCAAAUCAGCCCUACUCACCAAAUUCAAAACAACAGUUUCGAUAACAAGGGGGGCUUAGCACUUGGUCCUUCGCAAUUGUCAACGUCGUUCCAGACCAUUGGCUCAUCCGUUCAUCACUCCAAUAUCAACCCCUUUGAUGAAUGGUCAAAUAAUCGCGACAAGGGUGCCACCUCUGAGUUCAUGUCAGAGGAGGAGAUUCGCAUUAGAAGUCAUGAGAUGCUUGAGAAUGAAGACAUGCAGCAUUUGCUUAGACUCUUCAGUAUGGGAGGUCAUGCCUCCGUUAGUGGCCCCGAAGAUGGAUAUUCUUUCCCUUCAUACAUGCCGUCACCGUCGCCAUUUGGGUUUGAGGAGGAUCGCAACCGUUCUGGCAAAGCCGUUGUGGGUUGGCUUAAAAUAAAGGCAGCGAUGAGGUGGGGAUUUUUUAUAAGGAAGAAAGCAGCCGAGAGGAGGGCACAACUUGUAGAGUUGGAUGAUGAGUAGUUCUUUGCACUGAGUUGAUGAAGCUCUUGGACAACGUGGAAAUGCUUUAUUUCCUGAAGUCUCCUCGAGUUUGUGGGCUCUGUAUCAGAUAGUAGGGGAUUUUCUUCUUGUACAGUUGCCUCCCUGUACAGUAAGUUCUUCCAGCUUAACAUCCUUGUUAUUUAAUUCCGUAUGGUGAUUUUAAUUCAUCUCGACAUCUGGUUUGUGUAUGAAAUAUGGGCUUUCGGACCUUAGUUUGUACUGUUUAAUUGAUGACUUUUUCGAUGCCUAA